UCACCGGCGGCGACGUCGAACAGGUAAAGGUCUCCUUCGCCUCCCACAACAAUACAAAGGCGCCGUCUCUCCCUCCCUUUCCUUGCCCUGUACCUGCGUUGUCACUAAUUGUAUCUUUUUCGAGGUACCUGCGUGGUAUGGUCUUGGCAAGCUGUCACUCCUUUACGUCAAACUCCGCAACCUCCGCGCUCCGAGAUUCGUCAACAUCCCACCCUUACAUAUACGGUCCCUGUAACAAUCUUCGCGCAUGCUUCGCGCAUCCGACCCUGCGAUCCGAGACGAUGUCUCUCAGUUGCGCUUUAUUGUCGCGACUGGCUGUCUAAUUUGGUGGGUGGUAGUAUGGAACGUCUGCGCUAUUGGCUUCAUCCAACUGUUCCGAUACUACUGGAAAAAACCACAGCCAGCAACAUGCGUAACCACGUUGGAUAAGGAAAAGGUGCCUCAUGUUACAGUCAUAAGACCAGUCAAGGGUCUCGAUCCACGUCUUUACGAAUGCCUCGCAGCCACCCUCCGCCAAACGUACCCCAGAAACAAAAUAAACACCGUCUUCUGCAUUCCCGAACGAUCCGAUCCCGCCUUUCCGAUUCUAGAGCGCCUAUGCAAAGACUUUGCAGAUGUUGAUGUACAUAUAUUGGUUGAGGAGGAGGACCCAAUGCUGCUCAAGAACAACGAUGCACUGGGACCCAAUCCGAAGAUUAGGAACAUGAGCCGCGCUUAUAGGGAGGCCAAGGGUAAUAUUGUGUGGAUACUGGAUUGCAACGUCUGGGUUGGAAAAGGCGUAUGUGGCCGCUUCGUGGAUCUACUGUGUGGCUUUGGGGAGGGCAGUAAUGGGAAGAGCAAGACAAAGUACAAAUUCGUGCACCAGACACCGCUCACGGUAGACCUCGACUCGCAGGAUCUCUCGCUCAAGGACAGAAAGGAACUACUUGGAGGAAAACCAGCCGCCGCAGCAACAUCAACAAGCAUUGCAGCAACUACUUCUUCUGAUCUACGCAUCCAUUCCAGUAGCACCAUAAGUAAGCUCCUCCAGCGUGGUGGAGGUCGCCUGGACGAAGCCUUCAUGUCAUCUGCACAUGCGAAAUUCUACCAAGCCAUCAACACAGUCGCCGUAGCCCCUUGCAUCAUGGGCAAAAGCACCAUGUUCCGCCGUUCACAACUCAACUACGUUACUUCAUCCAACCCCGACCGCGCCGCUGGCAUAGAUUUCUUCUCCGACAACAUCUGCGAAGACCACCUCAUUGGCGACGCCCUCUGGAAACAACCUCAAGCCUUUGAACAGCCCGGCUACAAACCCGAACCAGGAACGCAAAAAGAAUCAUGGGGCAAACACGCAAUGCUCUUCGGCGACUUCUGCUUCCAACCCAUCAGCCACACCUCCGUCGCUGCCUACCUCCACCGCCGCAUCCGCUGGCUCCGCGUCCGCAAAUUCACAGUCACACUAGCCACCUUUGUCGAGCCAGGCACCGAAAGCAUUCUCUGCGGCCUCUACGGCGCUUACGCUCUUACCACCCUACCCUUUUUCGCAAACCUUGGUAUCCCACCAACAUGGCUGUCUUUCUUCCUCGUCUGGCUCGCGCAUCUCGCAGCGUGGUGUCUAGUGGAUUACAUCCAGUACCUCCUCCUGCAUUCUGCCAAGACUGUAGAAAUCGAUGCAGAUACCCCGGAUUUCGUGCUUCCACAGCGUUCAGCGUCGGCGUAUCAUCGGUCUACGGAUGAGGCGGCGAAGCCUUUGCUUAGCAAGGAUAAAGCAGCGUUUGCUGAGCCUAGCUUACUCGAUGGUGCGAGACGAAGUUUCAAGGACUUCUUUUUCGCGUGGCUGGGUCGUGAGGCUUUUGCGCUUCCAGUGUGGGUUACGGCGUUUUGGGGCGGUGUCACGGUCGAGUGGCGGGGAAGGAAGUUUUGGGUUGGGCUGGAUACCAAGGUUCAUGAGAUUUUGCCUGAGGACAAGACCGUGGGGAAGAAGCGGGGUGAUAAGAAGUAACGGUGGUAGAAUUUUGUAUAUUGCGUAGUAAUGAACAUUCAAAGCGUGAUUUGAUAAUUAUCAGUCUGUUCUCCAUGUAAUGUAUCUGACUGCAUUGUCUUUUCUCUUCACCACCAAACGUAGGCAAGAACAUGUGAACAUUGAGAGAACUUUUCUCAAAAGAGGGCCCAUCGUAUUCGUAAGAAAACUACCCCAUUCACACCUAUAAAAACCCAUCAG